CGGGGAUCCACAAUGAUUCACCAGCAGAAAAAACCAAAGAUUUCAAUGGAUCCACUAGACUAAUUUCUGCCCGACAGUUUGCGCUUGUACAUAUGACAUGAUAUGAUUACUAUCUAUACCAGAUUACUAGGAUUUAGUUCAAGGUGAAAUCUUAUACUCUCGGUUCUGGUCGCAUUGACCUUUUUUUGGUGCUUUAUUUGUGACCUAGUUUGGAUAGCGAGAAAGAGAGAGGAGAGAGAGAGAGAGAGAGAGAGAGCACAAUGGGAUCAUUCUUCGCCUGGUGUUUCUCGCGACGGAGGAAGAGCGGACAACAGGAUGCUCAGCGGUGGAGGGAGAUUGAAGAAAAAGCGAAGAACCUAUCCUCACUCCCCUCAUGGAAUGCACCAGAUAACACGCUCCUCCUGGAAGCAUUCGAAUGGCACAUCCCCGCCGAUACAUGCCACUGGCGUCGACUGCAAGAUGCCCUCCCGGGGCUGAAGUCCAUCGGCAUCGACAAUAUCUGGAUUCCACCAGGUUGCAAGGGGAUGGAUUCCCACGGAAACGGGUAUGACGUCUACGAUCUGUACGAUCUGGGCGAGUUCGACCAGAAGGGCUCGCGGACUACGAAGUGGGGGUCGCGGAAGGAACUCGAGGAUCUUAUUGCGAAUGCGCAGGAACUGGGCGUGGGGGUUUACUGGGAUGCGGUGCUUAAUCAUAAGGCUGGUGCGGAUUAUCCGGAGAGGUUUGAGGCGGUUAAAGUAGAUUCUAAUCGGAGAAAUGUUGAGGUGUCGAAGGCUGCGGAGAUUGAAGGGUGGACUGGGUUUGAUUUUGCGGGACGGGGCGAUCAGUACAGCGCCAUGAAGUAUCAUUGGCAGCAUUUUAAUGGCGUGGACUGGGACGAGUCGCGAAAGGAGAACGCCGUCUUCAGGAUGAAGGGGAAGGAGUGGGCGCAGGAUGUCGGGAAGGAUAAGGGCAACUAUGACUAUCUCAUGUUUGCGAAUCUGGAUUACUCGAACCCCGAGGUCCGGCAAGAUGUCCUGAAUUGGGGCACCUGGAUUGCGACGCAGUUGCCGCUGAGUGGUAUGCGACUGGACGCCGCGAAGCAUUUCUCCGCUGGCUUCCAGAAGGAAUUCAUCGAGCAUGUCCGGAAGACAGCGAAUAAGGAUCUGUUCGUCAUCGGUGAGUACUGGACGGGCGAUUUAAAGGAUAUUCUCGCGUAUCUGGAGAAACUGGAGUAUUCCAUCACGGCGGUGGAUGCGCCUCUGGUUAUGAACCUGUGCCGGACAUCGUACACGAAGGGCGGCGAUCUUCGCAAGAUCUUCAAGGGCACGUUGGUGCAGAACAAGCCGGACAAUGCUUUGACAUUCGUCUCGAACCACGACACAGUCCCGGGCCAAAUGCUAGAAAACCCCGUCGCGCAAUACUUCAAACCACUGGCAUAUGCAUUAGUCCUCCUCCGCAAAGAGGGCCACCCCUGCGUCUUCUACGGCGAUCUCUACGGCACACUGGGCGAAAAGGCCCUAAAGCGCGCCUGCAAGGGCAAACUCCCAAUCCUGACGCGGGCUCGCAAAUUAUACGCCUACGGCGAACAAGAAGACUACUUUGACCAGGCCAACUGCAUCGGGUUCAUCCGCUACGGCAACGCCCACCACCCCGGCCUAGCCUGCAUAAUGAGCAACAGCAACGACAACCAAAAACGCAUGUACGUCGGCCCCAACCACGCUCACGAAGAAUGGACCGACGUGAUGCAAAACCACGCCAGCACCGUCACCAUCGACGACUCGGGGUACGGGGUCUUCCCUGUCACAGGGAUGAGCGUGAGCGUGUGGGUGAAUUCAACGGCUCCCGGCCGAGACAGUCUGCUACAACCGUUUGACGAUAAAAUCUAUGAUGAGUAAUAAUUUCCGGGGUUCGAAUAUUUUUGUUUUAUUUUUAUUGUUUUUGUUCGUGUAAUAGAUUGCUUUUCGAAGUUGGCAUUGGCAAAGUAGAC